GGAGAGAAAACAGUCUCGCGCUGGGGCGUGUGCACAGAGGAGAAGUGGAAGAGCGGCACACCCUCCUCCCGCCCGCCCAGCCAGCUCGGGGCGGGGAAGGGGGAGGCGGGCGACUCGGGACGAGGCGGGGCGCCCGAGGCGAGCUCGCUGCAGCCCCCACGCCGAAAAGGCCCGCGGACCUGGAGGGAGGAUGAUGCUCCUGAGGGGCUCCUGGUCCUGGCGCCCGCGGCGGCCGCCGACUCUCAGCACCUCGGGCGGAUCGGGGCCGCGGCCGCUGAUGCCCCAGGCGCAACAGUGAAUAAUGAAUGCCGUGAAUGUGUCUGGAGGAAGGAAGAAGGACCCAGAACCCCCUUGACUGUCCACUGAACCCAUUUAUCACACUGUGCUCUCUUUUGUUUUUGGCACAUGGAAAUACAUUUAUUGUUUUGGAGCAUGGAGCACAGGGGUCCCUUCAUCUUGACUGGAAAAUAAUAAUAAAGGUUUUGUGUGUGAAGCUGUGUGGAAAUCUGAAAUGCCAUCAAUCACAUCUUUACAGCACAGUGGUGCCACCAGAUGAAAUAACAGUUAAUUACAGACACGGCCUUCCCUUGAUAACCCUCACUUUGCCGUCCAGAAAAGAGCGCUGUCAAUUCGUGGUCAAACCAAUGCUAACAACAGUUGGUUCGUUUCUUCAAGACAUACAAAAUGAAGAUAAAGGUGUCAAAAACACAGCCAUCUUCACAGCGGAUGGCAGUAAGAUUGCAGCUUCAACCUUGAUGGAAACUUUGCUAAUGAAUGAUUUUAAACUUGUCAUUAAUACAAUAACCUAUGAUGUACAGUGCCCCAAGAAAGAAAAACUGAGUAGUGAGCACACUACUGAAGUGGAAAACAUGAAAUCCUUGGUUCACAGACUGUUUACAGCCUUGCAUUUAGACGAGAUCCAUAAAAAGAGAGAGCACCGUUUACUCGAGAAGAUUGACCACCUGAAGGGACAGCUGCAGCCCCUCGAACAGAUGAAAGCUAGAAUUGAAGCUCGCUCCGAAGCCAGAACCAGAAGACUCCUGUGGGCUGGAUUAGCACUGCUGUCCGUCCAGGGCGGGGCACUGGCCUGGCUCACCUGGUGGGUGUACUCCUGGGAUAUCAUGGAACCAGUCACAUACUUCAUCACAUUUGCAAAUUCCAUGGUCUUUUUUGCAUACUUUAUAGUCACUCGACAGGAUUAUACUUACUCAGCUAUUAAGAGUAGGCAAUUUCUUCACUUCUUUUAUAAGAAAUCAAAGCAACAGCAUUUUGAUGUGGUGCAAUACAACAAGUUAAAAGAAGAUCUUGCUAAGGCUAAAGAAUCCCUGAACCGGCUACGUCGCUCUCUAUAUUUGCCAACACAAGUAGAGGAACUCAAUGAAAAGAAUUAAUCUUACAUUUUUAAAUGUCAGUGAAUUUUUCCAUUAUGUGUUGAUUUUGUGACUUAGAAACUGGAACUUUUUGAGUCUAAUAGUUCAUUUGAAUUUGACUGUUUCAGUAUCUUUUGUUAAUUAAAAAAAAAUGCUUGCCAAACACA